ACAAUUGUCUUAAAUAUGUACACGUUCAAGUUCAAGCGAAAAAGCUCAGACCUUUCUUCGCUCUCCCUCCCAAAAUUACAGCACAAGGAGAAGAACCCCAUACAAAGCAAAAAUGAGUAGAGGGUCGUUUAGAAGUGCCACCGUCGGCCAGCUGCUACGGAGAGAAACGACAGCCGCCUUCAUCGAUCCAAUCACCAGAAUCCACCCGUUUCUCAGGAACCAACCGCUCACACAGACCAGAGACUAUCUGCGGGUCCCUCAUUUUCUGAGGAAGGUGAAGGAUUAUGAAAUUUCGCCUUCUCUCUUUUCGUCUGCUUUCUCCUCGUCAUCUUCUUCUUCUUCGACGCCGGCGUUUUCCAAAGUCGGAUUUGUGGGAUGGUAUUUGGGGAUGGUGAAGUCACGACCCAUUUUGACCAAGAGUAUCACUAGCUCGGUUAUUUAUAUUGCUGCUGAUAUGUCAUCUCAGACAAUUUCUCGGCCAUCUUCAGAACCUUAUGAUUUGGUGAGGACAUUGCGCAUGGCUGGAUAUGGACUGCUAAUUUUAGGGCCAUCGCUGCAUUUUUGGUUCAACUUUAUGUCAAGACUCUUUCCGAAACAAGAUAUAAUCACUACUUUUAAGAAAAUGGCUAUGGGGCAGACUACCUACGGACCUACAAUGACUGUUGUAUUCUUCUCCUUGAAUGCUCACCUACAAGGUGAAAGUGGCACUGAGAUUGUUGCUCGAUUGAAGCGAGACUUGCUUCCUACUUUGUUCAAUGGCGCCAUGUACUGGCCCAUAUGUGAUUUUAUUACUUUCAAAUUCAUCCCUGUCCAUUUACAGGUAUAUCUAUGCAUUCAUUCUCUCUUGCUCUCCCGCUCUGUCCAUUUACAGGUCUUUUGUUUUCGGGUUCACUUUUUUCCUUGGUCAAGCCUUUGUUUGUGAAUUUGAUUCUUGGUGUUUAAUUUUGACAGCCACUGGUAAGCAAUUCAUUUUCAUAUUUGUGGACUGUCUAUAUGACAUACAUGGCAAGCCUAGAAAAAGCAGGCACAGCUACCAACUGAUUGAUCCUUUGCCAUCAAGCCUUCUACGUACAAAAAGGCCACAACCUGAGUAGAAGUAACACUUUCUUAUGUAGUGAUCGUAAGCUAGCACACUAACAAGCUAGCUCCACUUUGAUUGGGUCAUGAAGGAACGGUAUUUUGAUCAUGGGUUUUUUUUUUUUUUCCAUUUUUCUUUUAUUCAGUUUAGUUUUGUAAUGUACAAGGUAUUGUGUAAGAACAAUAGUUCAAGCAGAAAUUUGAAUCAGAAAUUCUUGAGGCUGCAGGAAAAUAUGAUUAUCAGAAACGUUACAAUAAGUUAAAUAAAUGCAU